AUGACUGAUAAGGCAGAUUGGUGUGAUGUUAAUGUGAGGCAUUUCAUUGACAUAUGCAAAGGAGAGAUAGAAGCUGGGAAUAGACCCUUGGGAAUGUUCACUAGGGCAGGUUGGAAAAAUCUGAUAACUAAGUAUGAAGAAAAAACUAGGCUGAAGCAAACAAAGAAACAAUUGAAGAAUAAGUUGGACAAUAUGAAAAAGGAAUAUACAUGGUUUAUGGAGUUCAAGAAUUCUGCCACUGGUCUUAGAUGGAAUGAGGCAAAGCAAGCUGUUGAUUGCUCCAACGAAUGGUGGGAUCAACACCUAGCUAGAUGCAACAAUCCUGAUAAAGUUAUCAAAUGCAAUCAUGUUAGGUUCAGAAAACAAGCACCGAAGCACCUUGAUGAUCUUCAUAUGUUGUUUGAUAAGAUACAUGUUAGCGGGGCAAGUGCAUCCUAUCCUGGAGAUAUUUCCUCCGAUGACUCAAGUGAUGAGGAUGUGGGUGAGAUACAUAAACUUCUAGAUAAUGAUGAUGUCAAGUUGGUUGCUCUGAAAAAAUCGAAACUAGGAAAAAAGAAAUGA